AUGGAAGUAAUUGAGGGGUCUUAUCGUGUAUGUGCGGGGAAGACUAGCGCCGCGGAGGAUGUCGCAUACUACGCACGGGAUGUGCAAAUGGGGGAGAAACUCCUCCGCGAGGUCUGGACUACUUUCUCGACUAAGAAAACAAGAUUUUGCCGGCCAGAUAACUGGGUGCCCGGAAAAGAAGAUUUAGUCACCGGAUUGAGUUCUCGCUUUGCGGCUCGCUCACCAGAACCACCGUCCUACGACCAGCUUCCACCUUCCUACGACGAUGUAAUCCAUGAUCUCCCUCCCGAAUACUCUGCACUGCCUCCGCUCGCGCAGCGCAGAUCGACGCCUGUUUCCCUCCUGCCAAAGCCUCGUGAAAAAUCGCGUGAUCCGUCAUCGUCGCUGCCGAAAGAUCGAAUGCUGGAUGUACGAAUUGAUUUUGGGAAUACUACGGGUAUUCGGGAACAUAAGAAGAAAAAGCCAACAGGAAAGAAAGCAGCACCACCACCGACUUCCUCUCCUCCACCGCCACCACCGGCAGGCGGGGCUGGUGGAGACGACGACAAAUCCAACGGUGAUGGUGGUGCCGGUGGGGCUGGUGGAGAUUCAGGCGGCGCUGGAGGCGGCGAUGGAGGUGAUGGAGGUGAUGGGGGUGAUGAUUGGGGUGAUUGGAAUGUGAGCGGAAAGAAGGAUAAGAAGAAGAAAUUAGAGGAGGAAGAGGAAGAAAGAAAAGCCAAGGAAGAGGAAGAACGAAAGGCCUCUGAAGCCUCUGUUGCCAAAGAUCUUAGCUGGGCCGAAGAUGGGGGCGAUGACUCGUGGGCUGCCUUCACGAAUGUAGGAAAAAAGAAGAAGAAGGGGAAGGACGAGAUUGCACCUCCUGGGGGGUUCCAAGACAUAAGUCUGAAUGACGGGGCACCGCAAUUGGACUUGAAUUUCGACAGUCCAGCCCCUAAGACCGGGGGGACUGGGUUUAGUUUCGGAGGAUGGGGCAAAGCCUGGACUACUAGCAAGGUUGACCCUCCUCCCAAUGACGAAUCCAAGGACAGCAACCCCUGGGGAGCAACCCCAAAGAAGAAGACGUCAGAGACUGGCGAGUUUGAUUUUGACUUAGGAUCUGCACCGCCUGAAACCAAGCAAAAAGAUGAUUGGGGAGGAGGUUGGGAUGCGAGCAAAGACAAAAUGAAGGAGACUGAGCCCGAACCCGAAGCGCCUGCGCCUCCGGCUCCUGCACCCAGAGUCGAUUUCACGAAGGAAGCAUGGUUUCUAAAUCUGCCAAAGAGAGAGCAACGUAAAACGAAGAAGGAGAUGGAGAAGAAAUGGAAAGAGGAGGAUGAAGCUGCAGCAAAGGAGACAGCAGAGCAGGAAGCAGCAAGGGCUGCGGAAGCUGAGGCAGCGGCAGCGGCAGCGGCAGCAGCAGCUGCGGCUGUACCUGAACCCGAACCUGAACCUGAACCGGUGGCCGAGGAAAUCGAGGAACCAGCCGAGGCAGAUACUGGCUGGGGUUGGGGUCUUUCAAUGAUAACCAAAGAUAAGAAGAAGAAGAAGAAGAUUGACCUCCUAGCUGAUCCGGUGCCUGUCAUCGAUGAACCACCGGCGAAAGCAGAAGAGCCAGUUGAUCCCUUUGCCGCUUGGGGAGUUACAUCGAAGGACAAGCAGAAAAGCAAAGGCAAAGCCGAACCAGUACCUGAGCCAGAACCCAUUCCGGAACCUGAACCUGAGCCCGAGCCCGAGCCCGAACCUGAACCAGAGCCUGAACCCGAACCCGAGGCGCCAAAGGUGCCUGAUAACCCUCUAUACGAAAAUUGGCAUGAGAUAUCGUCUAAAGAACGCAAGAAGCGAGAAAAAACAUUGAUACGUAAGGGACUGCCCAUUCCCGGCAAGGACUUCGAGCUUCCAUCGAACAAGCCCCCCGAAGAAGUCCCCGAACCAGUUGUUGAACCUGAACCGGUGCCUGAGCCUGAACCCGAACCCGAACGUGAGCCUGAACCCGAACCAGAGCCUGAACCUGAACCUGAACCUGAACCUGAACCUGAACCUGAACCUGAACCAGAACCUGAACCAGAACCAGAGAAACCUGCCGAUGAGAGCUCCUGGGGGAUUUGGGGGCCAGCAAAGGACAAGAAAAAGAAGAAGAAGGGCAGUAAUAUUGAAGAACCUCCCCCACGUGCGCCGACACCUCCUGCUCAGGGCUUAACCCCAGAUCCCGAAGCUUUCCAUGACAAUGCCGAUGACAUUUGGGCGGAAGUAGCCCCUAAAACCUCCAAGGGCACAAAGAAAACCACAAAAGCCAUCGAAGCUCCGAAAGAGGAAAAAGCCUCUCAAGGCUUCUGGUCGACCCUGACUGGGGGUUCUAGCAGCAAAAGCAAAACAACGAAGAAGGCAGAUGAAACGAUUAAGGUGAAAGAGGAAGAGGAAGACCUUCUUAUUGACGUUGGAGAAAAUCCCCCAGAGCCUGAACCUGAACCUGAGCCUGAACCUGAGCCUGAGCCUGAACCUGAGCCUGAACCUGAGCCUGAACCCGAACCAGAACCCGAAAAGAUAUCGAAGCCUAAGGCUUCCAAGCUCAGUGUUGCUGAACGUAUCAAAGCCCUGGAGCUCGCCAAGAAGGAGAAGGCAAAGGCAGAAAAGGCUAGCUCGAAGAGCAAAUCCAAAGAAAAGAAGGUCGAACCGGAACCGGAGCCAGAACCUCCUAUAGAGGAGCGUGCUUCAACGAAGAAAAGCUCAAGAACAAAGUCUAAGACAGCAGAAGCUCUUGAGUCUCAAGAAAGGAAAGUCUCUAAGGACUCUAUCCCUGGAAGCUUCCCAGACUUUGGAGAUGAUCCUGAGCCCAGGCCUGAACCCGAACCCGAGCCAGAGCCAGAGACAGUGGUUGAGCCCGAGCCGGAACCUGAGCCACCGGCCCCGGGUCUUUCAAAAAUGUCGAAAAAGGAACUGAAGAAGUAUAAAAAGGCAGAAGCAGAAAAAGCUGCCGCCGCAGCCGCAGCGGCCGCUGCUAGGGAACCAACCCCACCUCCUGAAAAAAUACCUGCGCUAGAACCAGAGCCUGAGCCUGAGCCUGAGCCUGAGCCUGAGCCUGAGCCUGAGCCUGAGCCUGAGCCUGAGCCUGAGCCCGAGCCCGUAGCCGACGAGCCAGAAGAGAAGGAUGAAGAUGUUUCUGCCGCGCCUCCACCGGAGCCUGCUGAAGAGCCUCCAAAAUCAUCUAAGAAGGACCGAGCACGCGGUGAAAAGAACACGAACACCAUAUCAUGGGGCUUUUGGGGGGCUGCGCCGCCCCCAAAGAAGUCGAGUAAGAAGGAAAACACGACACAGGAGGAGGAAGCAGAACCCCCGAAGAAGUUGAGGAAGGAAAACAAGAUUCAAGAGGAAGCAGAACCUCCAAAGAAGUUAAGUCAGAAGGAAGCAAAGAUUCAAGAGGAAGAACCUCCAAAGAGAAAAGAGUCUACUGGAAAACCUCGACCCAAAGACCCCGAACCAGAAGUGGAAAGGUCUGCGUCUGACAGGGAGAAGCGGCGAGACCGUGAGGGGCGGUCCUCGAAGAACCAACGUGGCGUGACCUUGGCCAAUAUGGUACUGGGUACACCCCAGUCCAAAAGCAAAUCCACUCGCAAAUCUGGUUCUUCGUCGAAACCCGUAUCCAGACGUCCAUCAAUUAAUCUAGAUGACAGAACUGCCGAUCUAGCACGUCCAGAUGAGAAGCGUGAGGUCUUUGACAAAGCAGCCAGGCUGAUGGGCAUGGAUCCUCCCAAGUCUCGACGUGAGCGCCCGCGCAUGGACAGGCGGAGAUCAGUUCGAGAUCCGUAUGCGAUCGAGGACGAUGACCUCGUUGUGGUUGACAUGGAGGAUGCCGAGAGGAAUUCACCCAAGGAAGGCUCUAAGGGCUCAAGGCGCAGGUCAAGGAGACAGCCGCGGCACAGACCUGACGAGGACGAUGUUGUCCUGGUUGAUCCAUAUCAAGCACAUCCCACCGCAGAUAUUAUGUCAGGCCCCGACGAUAUGGCAUUUUUCGAUGCUCCUCCAAGGGAACGUCGCCUAAAGCGCUCGAACACCGCUCCGGUGAAGAAACAAGAGAGCGGUGGAUUCAUGGGGCUCUUCGAUUCUCUGAGAAAAGGCACACGCCCAGAUCGGCCAGAACGACCAGAGAUGCCCGACAGACGCAGGUCGCGAUCGUAUCGUGAUGACGACGGAAGACAUCCGCCAGAAAUGGAGCGCGACGGCGCUCGAAGAUCGCGUCGCGAAGAUCGACGCCGCGGAUCUGUCCGACCAGAUACCGAAGGGUUCAUGGGCGACGCCGCCGGUGCAGCAGCGGGUGUCGAGACAGAAGCCGAUGAAGCGGAAGCCCGGCGCGCAGCACGACAUGCGCGGCGUGGAUCCCGCAAGGUACCUCCUGACUCUCGUGAAACCGAAGCUCGGGAAGCAGAAGAGCGGCGCGCGAGGCGAAAAGAACGAGCGCGCGAGCAACGUGCUCGUGAAGAGGAAGAAGAAGAACGUCUGAAAGAAGAAGAUCGCCUACGAGAAGAAAAGCGGGCCCGACGAGCUGCGCGCGAGGAACGUCGUGCUCGAGAAGAGCAGGCUGCUCGUGAAGCCCAAGCCCAAGCUGCAGCCGAAGCUAAGGCUGCAGAACGCCGCGAGCGCCGGCGAAUGCGCGAAGAGGAAAUGAUCGCCGCGAGAACGAGCCGGCGUCGUGAACGUGAGCAAAGGAUCCCUGUUGAGGUCUUUCCUGAUGAGCGUGAGGUCGACCGUCGAGGAACCCGUACCUCUCGCCCGUAUGAAGACCCGAACGCUCGUCGUCGCAGGUCUAAGGUGGCCCCUGAGUUAACUCGCGAGCCGCUCAUGACUGGUGCGUUGAAUCGUGGCGGGAGUGCGAAAGACAAGAUUUCCUCGUGGGUUUACUCGCAAGGUGAUGAGCCUCCGGAGCCACCGCAGAUAGUCCCUACUCUUAUUGAUCUACCUCCUCUUGCAGGCGAUGAAGGUGGCAAUGCUCAUUCUCAUUCUCUUUCAUCAGAUGAGGAAGCUCGUCGUGUUCUUCGCCGCAAGGCCCACCGCCGUGCUAAGUACGAGGAAGAAGAGAUUGAUGAUGCUCGUCCUCGGCAUCAUAAUUCGCGUCGUGAAGGUGUGAAGAGCAGCUCUGGAAGUGGUGAUCACGAACGUGACCGUGAGAUAAAGCCCGCUCCGCCCAGUGCGGAUGCUAAGAAGCCCACCAGUUGGUUCCGCAAAUUGACGAACCUGUAA